AUGCCUGGACUAUUUCCAGGUGUAGCUCUUGUAGUCGGUGCUGCUUCUGGCAUCGGCAGGGAGAUUGCACUGUCCUUCGCACGGGAAGGCUGUCCGUCCAUCACGUUGGCAGACCGAGAUUCGCACGGCCUAGCUGAGUCGGUCAGAUUGAUUGAAGAGCUCGGACUUGACCAUAACCCUUCGAUUCUGAGUGUGAUGGUUGAUGUCUUAAAAGAGGAGGACAUUGACCGACUGAUAGCUCUCACCGUCGAGAAAUCGCAUAGAAUUGACUAUGCAGUGAAUGCGGCAGGAAUUCUCGGCAAUUCCAGGACCUCGACUCUGACUUCGGUUCAUGAUUUUGAUCUCAUCAGCAACGUCAAUUUUCGGGGUUGCUGGCUGUGCUCGAGAGCCGAGAUCUCACAAAUGAUGAAACAGGAAGAGCUCGAAACGCAUGACGGUCGACCUGGGAAUAGAGGUUCGAUUGUUAACAUUUCCAGUCAGCUUGGGCUGGUUGGCAGGGAGAACUCUGCGGUAUAUUGUGCGACCAAAUCCGCUGUUAUUAGUAUGACGCGGGCAGAUGCCGUCGAUUGUUCUAAAUUCAACAUUCGGAUCAACACCGUCUGCCCUGGGCUUGUAGCUACGCCCAUGUUGAACGGUUUCGACGAUAAAACUUUGCAGAGAGAUAUAUCCGUUGCACCUCUGAAGCGAGCAGGAACUCCGCAGGAGAUCGCAGAUGUCGUGCUCUUCUUGGUAAGUACCAAGGCUACGUUUGUCCAAGGGGCAGCCUUUGUGGUAGACGGUGGCUAUACUAUUACCUGA